CAAAAUGUUGAGUGUGAUUUUAAGAAGAAGCGCCUCAAGAAGUAUUGCAAUUAGAGGUGGUCAUGGUUGGGAUAGACCAGACGUACCCCUGACAAUUGGAUAUCAACAUAAAAGAAGAGUAUGCAUCUAUUUAUAUCAAUGUAGAUGGAUGUUUUCGAUACAAAUUUAUGGUUUUAUUGUGGAGUGAUGCCUGAAUACUUUAUCAAUUAGAGUAAUUAAUUAAUCUGAUCUGUAGAUGAGGGAUAUUUGAAUUCUGCUUAAAAUGCCAUUAAAUAUUUGAUACUAGAUUCGAAAUAUAUAAUUGCAGCUUUCGCAGCAAUUAUUUUCACAUAUGAAGUAUUCUAUGAAGCCAGAUUCUGGAACAUCCAACCAGAUUAUUUGAAAAACCCUAUAGUCAGCUACUCAAGAAAGGUGUAAUAAGAGAGACCCUUCUUAGUUAAGCAUUUCUUAGACCUAAGUAAGGACUCCCUUCAUUUUUAUUCUCCUAGGCAUUACAGGUGAUAUGGGUAUGUAAAGGAUGACUCCAGGGGAAAAGAGUUUCGCAACUGAACUAUUGGAGACUUAUGAAGAAUAAAAUAAACACAUCCAACUCAUGAAUUUGGAAGGCAAGACAUAUAUAGAAAGAGUUGAAGCCGAGUCUAGACAAGCUGUAGCUAGAAGACAUGGAUAAGUUGAAGCUCAUCACCAUCAUCAUUGAUAUGAAUCAUAUUAAAUAAUCAAAGG